CUGAAAGGUGAAUUGCACUUUCCGUGUACUCUCCGAUUUUGGAAAACAUUUAAUCUAGCAAGGCGUGUCAACGAAGCUAUCACAUGCACGCUUUUAGCACGCUUAACAGAAUAGAACGCAUCAUAUAUGUAUAUGAAUCGGCAAUGUAGGGGAGGUGCUCUCGUAUAUCCUCCGCACAUAUGAUGGAUACUAAACACAUAAAACAGUACAAGGUUAGAUAAUUGAACGAUGAACGAACAUGGUAAACGCGUCCUGGCCGACGAUACGAAUCGGCUGUCGUCCACUGAUUGUGCAUCUCAGCCUGGCAAAGGGGUUUAUGAAGCAGCCUCUAAUACAAGUGCAUAUUCCAUGCCCGUGAUUGAUGUAGAAGAUCUCAUGGACGACGAUACAACCCCUAUCUCACACUCUACGCACAACAUACAAUCGUAUGGUAGUAAGUCUACAAUAACAUUCGAGAAAAUACAGGGUCUAGACGCUCAGAUGACUUCAGAUAGUACUUUGAUGCAUGGUACUGUUGGAGUGGCUGACAGUCAAAACAUAUGUCUAACACCAGCUGCCAGGUAUAAUAUACGAAGUAGUGAACUUCAACCACAAAAACUAGUAGCCGAAUCAGCAGGUAUCAACGAACAAGCUAUUGAUACUACCAUAGAACACCAUAGCGGGUGGUAUAACCUAAGAAUUGGCGACCAAUGUCCACAGACAUCCACAACUAAAGCAGCAGGCGACCAAAAAGAGCUUAAAAAUUUAGCAGCACACAGUACUGGGCAUAAUCCAAAGUCUACAACAGCGAAGGCAACCGGCGUCAGGAAAGAGCUGAACAACACCAAAGCAGCAAGCAGCGCUGGGCAUCUUCUAGCAGCAGCAAGAGCUGCAGGCCUGAGGAACGAGUCUAGUAAUACCAACGGACAACACAACACUAGACAGGCUGUCAAGGGGGCCCCGGUGAGUAGAACCACACCUGGGACUUGGAUAGCAGCUCCGGGUGUGCGCGAUGCGCCGCAGAAUCAACCCCCGACACCUGUUACAAUCAACAACACGACUAAUACCCAGCAACCUACUGCUGUACAUAUAUAUAUCAGCCCAAUAGCAACCACGCAAAUACCAGAAGAGAUCAGUAGGUACGUGAUGUCCUAUACACAUGUCCGCAAGAACACACAGGAUUCAGGGGUCGAAGACGCGAAGUAUGUGCCCGAGCCACAGUGUACCAUGCAGGCACAUGCAUACGCACAGGCACAGAUGCAUACCAACGGAGUAAACUCGUACACGCGCACACACGCACAAGCACGGAUGUACAGGAACACAAUCAACCCGAAAGAACCAAGCCCUACCUCGAACUCGCUGACGGAGCAACAAAUCAGGGACAGGAAGUAUAAUGCGGCCUGUGCAGCAAACAAUUCCAUGAUACCAGUGACCAAGCAGGAGUAUAACUCGCCGGCAUUGGACGCGCGAGGAAGUCCUCUCUCUCUGUCAUUUCCAUGCCUAUAUCUGGGCAAGGGGCUGACAGACGGUUGUCCGUUUGGAGAUGCGUGUCAGUUCUCACACUCAGGCGACAUUCCAGUCUGGGUGCGACCGUUCUAUGAGAGGGAGGUAUUGAAGUUACGAGCAGCCAGCACAACACACACAGGAUAUAAUGCCAAUGACGUAUACGCAGGCGUAUUCCACGCUCUAGCACCACCUGAUAAGGACAUCUUGCCUAGGCGCGACGGAUUCGCGCCCUCUCCAGCAUCACUAGGCCCUGCACCGCCCAUAACGUAUAACAAAUGGAUACCCGCACCCCGAGCUUCCGAGCAGAAAAACACAAAAAAAGUAAAAUUGGAUCCCAUGACAAUUGUCUUGGCACAAAAAUCGGCUUUAAUGGCGCCCGACGACAUUCAAAUGGUGCAGACAGUAGUGAUACCACCUCACGAGACUGAUGUUUUCUCGCUGCCUCGGUUACAGCGAAAAGAUUUUGACAAUUGGUACCAAGAACGGAUACGGAAUGAUCCAAGCCUGACACUGGACGAAGAUCAGCUGCGAUGUGUUCGACUGACAAUUGUUGAUGAGAAGAAUGUCUUUCUGACGGGUUCGGCUGGUGUUGGCAAGUCACACACUACUGCCACUGUCCGCGAUUUCCUCAAAAGAUUAUAUGAACGUGAAGAUUAUCCCGACAGAGUCGUUGUCGCGGCACCGACUGGAGUGGCUGCGACGCAUAUUGACGGAACGACCAUAAAUUCUGCAACAGGUGUGGGUAUCCCUUCAGAGGUGGCAGACUUCCAACGAAUGAUGAAACCCGCAAUGUACAAGUUGUGGACACAGGAUGUGGAGCUAUUCAUGGUUGAUGAGAUCAGUAUGGUUUCAGGUGAAUUCUUGGACUGUUUGGAUUCACAAAUACGCCUCAUGUGUAUGAACCUCCCCAAGAACAUGGGCAAAAAACUUCACGAGUUACCUCCAUUUGGUGGUAUACAGAUAUUUUUCUGCGGAGACUUUCUGCAAUUGCCGCCCAUCGAAGGCUCCAUACCUUUCGAGACUAUGAAGAAAUUGGAUCCGCAACAAUUGAAAAGGGGACUAGCUAUCGAGAAGUAUAAAAAUGAGAAACAAGAAUGGACGGAACGGUCCUACUUUUUAAAUCGGGGUUUCGCCUUCUCGGCUUCUACGUGGGGUCGCCUCGACCUAGUCACUAUAACUCUAUCCAAGUGUUAUCGUCAGUUGGGCCAGCAACUGUUUGUACAUCAUCUCAAUCAAAUCCGAAAUGGUAGGGCUGAUCAGCGCACUCUGGACUAUUUCAAUCAAUUUAGGACACCACUUCCCGAUCAUCGGCUCCCCACCACAUUAUUUCCCUUCAACAAGAAGGUGCAGCAGUUAAAUAGCACCAAGCUGGCCUCUCUCUGUAGCCAGGCUAUGACGUUCCAUGCACACGAUCACGUCAACGGACUAAAUAACUGUCAUGACGAGACAGCCCUUUGGGAAUCCGAACUGUUUAAAGGAGGUAGCCUCGCCGAACGCGCGCUCCAAUUGAAGACCAAUGCGCGUGUGCUGCUGAUCAGGAAUCUCGACCUGAAAGGCACAGAUAAACUCAAACCUCUGAUCAAUGGAUCGAGCGGCGUGGUGACCAACUGGACAUCAAAGGUAGAGGCCGAACAGACCGUACAACACCGAAUGAACUAUUUAUCUACACGGGUGGAGGCUCUCCAUUCAGCCCUUGGGCACGGAGAAUAUUCAAGGGGCUCUCGCGCCUGUGAAAUCUCAGAUGAACGAGCGUGCGAGGUGGAACACGAGUUGCUGCAAAUAGUGGCCGCGAAGUACAAAUGGAAAUUACCCGUUGUCGAGUUCAAUAAUGGGCGACAGAUGAUCAUACUACCAUGUCUCUUCAGGAAUGAGGUCAUGGGUCAAGGUAUGACUUAUCGUCUGCAAAUACCUUUGAAACUGGGAUGGGCUGUGAGUAUUCACAAGUCUCAGGGGAUGACUCUCACGGCCGGCAAUGUAUCUACAGCUGGGGCCUUUGCAGAAGGUCAAUCUUACGUGGCUCUAUCUCGGGUAACGGGUCCAGAGGCACUCUAUAUGAUUGAUAUGUUGACCAUGAAGGACAUCAAGAUGCCCAGGCAACCGGUGAUAUACAAUCAGAUCAUGGCUCAGCUAGACAUGUUAUCUAGGAAACUGUGUGUGCUUACGGGCGAGAAGAAAUGGUUGACAAUGGGUCCUCGUGAAUUGGUGGACAAAGUCAAAUUAUAUGACACGAUACCGAGAGAUAUUAAAUUAACCAUCGUUAACUUGGUCAAGCGACUCACACCAUGGGCGAGGACCAACUUGGAGAACGAGGUGAAACAUUGGAACACUAUCAGUCCGAAGCAAUCGCGCAAUUACCCAUCGACGGGUUCCAACAUACAAUGCUACAAAUGUAGGCAGAUGGGGCACUACUCGUCAAAAUGCCCAUCUGCGGGUUUCUCUGUAUCUAGAUAUAGGUGAUCCUUGAACUAACUCAAAAAACAGCGAUUAAAUACCGCUCUAAUACAUCCGCACGCAUCAUUGACACGUGCUGCCUGUCGAGUGUGCCAAUAGAGAGAUUCGUCUACCUAUGCUGUGACAUCUACUUCUCAAUCAGUAGUAGGAUGCACAUGAACGCAAUGAUUAUGAGGGCUGCGACAGACCACAGGCGCUGUGUGUCUCAAUCGACCCUUCGGGUGGCUUUCUUUCUAUCGACCUAUAUUGCUGGAUCACAAAUGCACCACCAGAGGUUCAAACGACCAUAUGAGCAUGCCUGUCGUGACGGUUGCGAGAUGGCACGGCUGUGUACUGGAAACAAUGAUGCGAUACCUACACAUGAUGUAGAUUGACCGUGGUAUAUAGAUUUGAUUUUGCACCUCCUGCUCACUAAACGCCGUGCGUGUACAAGGACUUUAACAAAUAUCUUGGAAGAUGCAAUAUCAAUCGCAUUUUCAGUUAUUUCUCAAUGAAACAUGCGCAUGCCAGGAGAAUAGAGCUUUGUAGAGCUAUACAUUUCCAAGAGAUCAUUCCAAAGUGCCACUCAUAUUCUGGUGGCUGGAGCGCUAAAGAUUUACUUGCCAUCUGCAUGUACUCGGAUGGCGCGGCAAUCCGCCGGGCAUCUCGUAUAAGCUAAACGAUAGAAUCUCUGGUAUAACAACGAAUGUUGAGCUGGAUUUUCAUUGGGUUCUGUGCUUGCUGAACACUGUACCCCAUCCGCGCACAUCCACAACUGAGCUCGACAAUGGUUUACUUAGAAUCAUACACUUUACCUUCACAGCGCAAGUCACUGUUGUUGAAUGGGACGGGAAUGUUUCAAAAUAAAUAGCAAUCAACUCAUCU